AUGGACGAAAAGAACCCAGGCAUUCUUCAGACAAGAGUGUUUGAAGAACAGUCUGCGGACUCAACCAACGAAGGACAGACGGAAAUCUGCACCAUCAUGUCUCCUUCGAACCUGGAAAAGGGAGAAGAAUCCGAUCUGCCGCCCGAUCAGGUCGAACCUCCAGACGGAGGCUACGGAUGGGUCUGUGUUGCAUGCACCAUGGGCGUCUGUGGCACGGGAUGGGGCCUCAACUCGGCCUAUGGCAUUUUCCUCGCACAUUACCUCUCCUAUGAUGUGUUUCCAGGGGCAACGCCACUCGAUUAUGCAUACAUUGGAGGAAUUGGCAUUGGAGCUGGUCUGUUGGCAGCCCCAGUGGCCAACUUGGCUAUCAGAAACCUCGGGCUGAAGCCCUCUCUGCUGAUUGGAACGUUCCUUCAAUUGGCAGGCUGCAUUGUGGCCUCGUUUGCCACUCACAUUUGGCACCUCUAUGUGUCCCAGGGUCUGUUGAUGGGACUGGCAAUCAUUUUCCUGUUUGCUCCGGCCGUCACAGUGCCUCCACAGUGGUUCAAGAAGAAGAGAUCGCUGGCAAAUGGCCUGACAGUGGCGGGGUCAGGUAUCGGAGGAGUGCUGAUCAUGCUGGCAGCACAGGAGUGGAUCAAUAAGUGGGGCCUGGCGUGGUGUUUCAGAGCUACUGCAAUCAUGACUUUUGUCAUUAACAUGACAGCAGUGAUUCUGAUCCGAGAAAUCUCAAAAGUCAAACCAACCUUUGCCGUGUGGGACUUCAAGUUCCUCAAGCAAGUCGAGACCAAUGCAUACUUCCUCUGGGUCUUCUUCUCGCUGGCGGGCUAUGUGGUGAUGCUCUACUCCAUGUCUCCAGCUGCCAAAGCUGCCGGCUUGACCGAUAACCAGGCCACCAACAUUUCUGCUCUUCUUUCUGCAUUCAUGGCUUUUGGACGGCCCUUCAUUGGCCACUUUUCUGACAGAUACGGACGUGUCAACAUUGUGAUUCUCUCUGCGGUGCUGGUAAUUGUGCUGGAGUACGCUCUGUGGCUCCCGGCCAACUCCUACGGCAUGUACAUCGCGUAUUCCAUCCUCAAUGGCUUUGUCCUUGGCACAGUGUGGGUCGGUCUUGGCCCUAUAGCUGCUGAGAUUGCGGGGCUAUCGAGUUUCCAGACAUUGUCUUGCAUGGGAAUGGUUGGAAUGUCCAUCCCGGGUUUCUUUUCCGAAGUCGUUGCUAUCAAAAUUCGCCGAGACGGAGACAAGCCUUACCUGUGGCCCAUUGUCUACUCCUCGGUGGCUUUCUUCUUUUCGAUUCUGAGCGCAUUCGUCAUGAGAGAAUAUGCAAUCAGACGGCAGAUGGUUGCGAAGCGAGAGGAGGACCCUAGCUUCGUCAUGCCAGGCUACUGGUGUCGCAUGUUCAAAUGGGGCCGAGCGUAG